AGACACAUUUGUUUUCUACCACACAGAAAAAUUACCAUAUAAGCCUCAUUAUUCCCCAUCAUUAUUUUAUUCUGUUAUUAUUGGCAACAAACAUAUUGACAAAUUACAAUGUAAAAGAUUACAAAUUAAAUGUAAAAGAAAUAGUCAGGCGUACCAGUAAAACACUCUUGAACACAUAGUUAAAUCAAUGACAAAUAAGGAUGACAUAUGAUAAAAAGGAGAAAUCUGUUUAAAACACAUGGCAAGUUUUUAGAAGAAACAUUUACAUUUUGUAAAACAUUUAUGAUUUUAACCAAUUAAAAAAAAAAAAGUCAAGUGGUGUAACCAAGUAAAAAGUACUAAAAUAUGUGCCUUGGACCUUGAAUACAUGUGAGUGUUAACUUAAUCACACCAUAUCACCUGAUAUUUUAUUUUAUACAACAGUUCUUUUUGGUUUUCAAAUCUGAGAGCUGUGUUAUAUUCUCCCAGUAUCAGCACUGGUACCGUUUCACCGUUUGUAUUACUCCACUUGUGGGGACUGUCAUGGCAGUCGAGCAACUUUACCGUAUUUUUUUUAUAAAUACUACUGUUGUUAUGUCACGAAAUGUAGUUCAAAGAGUUUUUAGGCAAGAAUGUAGUUAUUUAGACCUCAAAUAUGUGACUCAUAUAUAAACAUAGCGCCUAUUUUACUAUUUGUUUUGAGGCUUUCGCAGAUCAUCGGCCAUUCAGUGCUCAUGUACUCGCAGAGAACAGCUUCAUUUCAGCCAGUCAUUUGGGUAUUUCGAACUGUUGUAUAAACACAAUAUCACACUCGUAGCCGUACGAUAUGGCUGUAUAUCAGCACACUGUGAUUACCUAUAGCCGAAACACAGCCAUGCUGAUAUACAGCCAUAUCGCAUGGCUAUGAGUGUGAUAUUGGUCAUAUAUUAUAUUUUCAAAAACAUUUUCAAACAUGGCUUUCAAGGUAAAACAAAUAUAUUGUAACUGAGCAAAAAAAGUGCCUGUCAUGAGUUCAAAAACAAUUUUCUUUGAAAAGAAAUUAGUUUUUUUUAUUAGUUUUUUUUUUUAAAGAAAUAAUGCCAACUACUUAUGCAAGCAUUCAUUUUUAAAUAAUUCAGGAGUUUAAAAAAAAAAAAAAAAAAAUCUCCAAACAGUUACACUACCUUGACAAGUGUGUUCAUUAUCAAAGAGGUGAUGACUAUUCAAGUCAUUUUAAUGCAUGUUUGAAUAAGAAAAUGAGCGUCGCGUCAAAAUGUCUUACAAAAUCAAAAUUUGGUUUGUUUUCCGACUAUUUCAUCUGAAUAAAGAACCUUCCAUAAAUAAUAAAAAGACAAUAAGCUGGUACAAGGGUUCUAGCCUCCUCACCAGACUCUGCUCAUCACGUGACGUGACAUCUGCUGGUUAUAGCAACUAGAGAACGCCAGUAAUAUAGAUGUCGAGAGAAAGGAUCGUGGUGGCACAGAGGAGUUCAGGCAUCAGUGCGCAGUCGCCUUACCAGUCGGAGCUCCGGUCUCCAGCGCUGCCGUUACGCACAGGUUCAUCUCAUCACCAAGCACCUGAUUUACAGAGACUACGCGGAUUUUUGCCCUCUUUAUGACACGAUGUAAGGCAGAUAUGUGGGCUUUCCGUUGAGGGAUAUGGUCACUGCUGAGCUGCCAAAGUGGAGCCGCGCGUAUCACGGAUCGGGGCGCUCCUGCAGGGUCUAGGAUGCGCGCCCGGAACAUCCCGAUUCUUACCUGGGUUCGGGGCUGACCAGGAGUCCACUGCCUCUGCUGGGCGCAGAGGCGGGAGGAGGACGCAGUCGACCCGCACCAGGAUGCCCGUGAUGAGAGGUCUGCUGGCCCCGCAGAACACCUUCCUCGACACCAUCGCCACCCGUUUCGAUGGCACCCACAGUAACUUUGUGCUGGGGAAUGCACAGGUCCAGUCUCUUUAUCCCAUCGUGUACUGUUCUGAUGGCUUCUGUGAACUCACUGGCUAUGCCCGGGCAGAACUGAUGCAGAAGAGCUGUGCCUGUCAUUUCCUGUAUGGGCCGGAGACCAGUGAUAGGCUGAUGGCACAGAUCCAGGGAGCACUGGAUGAAAGGCGGGAGUUUAAGACAGAACUGGUCUUCUACAAAAAAGGAGGAACUCAGUUCUGGUGUCUUCUGGAUAUCGUGCCCAUUAAGAAUGAGAAGGGAGAGGUGGUGCUUUUUCUAGUAUCACACAAGGACAUAACAGACAACAAGAAAGUCCAAGAUGAAGAACAGAGCCCAGACAGAGACGAGGAGACGGGGUUGGAGGUGCACAAGGUCACGCGGCCACCGGGCUUCAAUGCCAACCGGCGGCGCAGUAGAGCUGUGCUUUACCAGCUGUCUGGACACCUGCAAAAACAAGACAAGAGCAAACUCAAGAUCAACAAUAACAUGUUUGGCGAGAAGCCGCCCAUCCCAGAGUACAAAGUGGCAGCCAUUCAGAAGAGCCGUUUUAUUCUUCUCCAUUACGGCACUUUCAAAGCUGGCUGGGAUUGGCUGAUCCUCUUAGCGACCUUUUAUGUAGCAGUUACUGUGCCCUACAAUGUCUGUUUCACUGUCGUCGGUGGACGGGAUGAGGCAUCGACCCCUAGAAGUCCACCGAGUGUGAGCGACAUCCUUGUGGAAAUCCUUUUUAUGUUAGAUAUUUUGCUAAACUUUCGCACCACAUUUGUGAGCACAUCAGGCCAGGUGGUGUAUGAUGCGCGAUCUAUCUGUGUGCAUUAUGUCACCACUUGGCUCUUUGUGGACCUGAUUGCUGCGCUACCUUUUGACCUGUUGUAUGCCUUCAAUGUCAGUGUGUACUUUGGAGUUCAUCUGCUGAAGACGGUUCGAUUGUUACGGCUUCUACGCUUGCUGCAAAAGCUGGAGCGCUACUCCCAGUACAGCGCAGUUGUACUCACAUUACUCAUGUCCAUGUUCGCCUUGCUGGCACAUUGGAUGGCCUGUGUCUGGUACGUCAUUGGCCGCAGUGAGAUCGAGAGCAACAGCCCUGGUUCCUGGGACAUUGGCUGGUUGCAUGAGCUGGGUAAACGUUUGGGUACCCCCUACUUCCUGUCCCCGCUUGCAUCCCUCAUUCCUGAUUCACUGCGCCCCACCAUCUUGGAUGGAUUGGUGGUCAAUUCAAGCCAGUGGAACGGCACUGAUUUGGUGGGACAUGAGUCUGUGUGGAACUCGAGCCAAUGGAACACAACAGGAGUGGGGCCGAUGGGCACCUCAAAUACCAAACAGACUGCAGCUGUAUUGGAAGGUGGGCCCUCGAUUCGGAGUUCAUAUGUGACGUCGCUGUACUUUGCUUUAAGCAGUCUGACCAGUGUGGGAUUUGGCAAUGUCUCAGCCAAUACUGACUCAGAGAAGAUCUUCUCUAUCUGCACCAUGCUGAUUGGAGCACUCAUGCAUGCCGCGGUCUUCGGUAACGUGACGGCCAUUAUCCAGCGGAUGUACUCACGGCGCUCACUCUAUCACACUCGUACCAAAGACCUCAAAGACUUCAUCCGCGUGCAUAGGCUGCCCAAGGCUCUCGCGCAGCGCAUGCUGGAGUGCUUUCAGACGACAUGGUCCGUCAACAACGGCAUCGAUGUCAGCGAGCUUCUGAAGGACUUCCCAGAUGAAUUGCGGGCUGACAUUGCCAUGCAUCUGAAUAAAGAGCUCUUACAGCUGCCUCUGUUUGAAUCGGCCAGUCGAGGGUGUCUGCGCUCCCUCUCGCUUAUCAUCAAAACUUCUUUCUGUGCUCCAGGGGAGUUUCUUAUUCGCCAGGGUGAUGCUCUGCAGGCCAUAUACUUUGUCUGCUCGGGCUCCAUGGAAGUGCUCAAGGACAACACUGUGCUGGCUAUACUGGGAAAAGGGGACCUGAUCGGAUCGGACUCGCUGACGAAAGAGCAGGUGAUCAAGACUAACGCAAACGUGAAAGCUCUGACAUAUUGCGACCUGCAGUACAUCAGCCUGAAAGGACUGCGAGAGGUGCUGCGCCUCUAUCCUGAAUACGCCCAGAAAUUUGUCAGCGAAAUUCAGCACGAUCUCACCUAUAACCUGCGGGAGGGCAGUGGAGCUGACCUGGACUGGGAAAGCAACGGCGGUCUGGUGAAGAAACUUCCUGCUAUCCGUGAGGACGAGGAGAAUGAUGAAGAGCAGAACUCGGUGUCAAGAGCCCAGCGGUCUCCCCUUCGGCUGACCAGAGGCCUCAGCUCCCCACUGCGAUCGCCACUCCUCCCUCCUCGCCCCUUCCGCCCUCCAUCAGACCACACGCGACCCGCCACCCUCCAGAUCCCUGUGGUCAGUUUCAGCAGCGCUCCUCCAGAACUCAGCCCCAGGUUUGUGGAUGGCAUAGAGACAGAAAGCAAUUCCAGCUCAACACAAAGGUUUGAGUUCGGUCCCAGCCUACCUCAGAGCGGCCCCCCGUCCCCUUCACCAGUGAACCAGGAGCAGCUGGAGACCAAGCAGAGCAUCACCAAACUGAGCGAGGAGAUGACUAGUCUAUCCCAGCAAGUCUCUCAGCUGAGCAAAGAGCUACAGGAAAUGACACGUCUCCUCCGGCCCUUGCUUGUCAUUGGAUCUCAACCCCUCCUAACAGCCAUGAGUCCAACAAUACCUCCGUCUACCAGCAGUAGCAGCAGUCCAACAAUAUCCACACCACCAGCUCCUUCGCCCACAGCCCCGCUGUCCGCACCACUCAGGCCUGGAUGCUUACUAUUGGACAGCGCAGAAACUGGAAGCAUUGGCUUGCCCAGCUGCCUCAUACCCACCAGCCCACCACAGAGACACCAAGCACAUGCUCAGGUGUCUCCGGCAGGCUGUUUAAGGGGACCUUCCUUGCCAGUCCUCCUUUCUCCAGUGACAGCCCAAACGGAGGGACCAGGUGGCCAGGCAGCUCCGACCCAGCCACCGCAGACCAGUCACCCCCCAUCUCCAUCUCUAACCUUUUCUUCCUCGCUUCCUUCUUUCCGCUCCCAGUCUACUUCCUGCUCUCCCUGCCAGGGGCCUCAUCGACCUGCCAGUCAGAGCAGAAGUUUGCUACCUAGACCCCCCUCACAGGACACCCCGCCUCCACCACCCUCUCAUUGCUCGGCACCACCCUCGAUCAAUAACUCCCCUGGCGACCACAGGCUGGGGAUCAACACAUUUCCCUUGCCCCCUUCCUCCGCUGACACUGCUCCUCGGAUCCAGCCACUGUCGUGCACUCCUCCUUCUUGCCCGCACACCUCCCCACCCUUGCCCUGCUCCCUGGACUCCCUGCCAGAAACCCAGGCCUCUUUUGGCACUUCCGGGUCCCCGCAGAACCCCAGGUCAGGACCUCCUCAGUUAGAGUUUGAGAUGCAAGAGUGGGCAGCAGGAGGGAGACCUUCCACAGAGCAUAUCAGCUUCAUAGAUGAAGAGGGACCGCCACUGUGAGUGACUGAAAGAUGAAUACUACAACUAGUUGACUUAGCAAAUAAUGGAGUGGUGAACUGGGCCAACAGCAAUUACCCCAACACACCUACAUUCUGAAUAACAGACAAUACUGAUUGCUGUUCCUUCAGGACAACACUUGUAAUCGGACAAAUUGUGGAUCUGUUUCAAAAUCAUAGUGAGCUGCCUAGCUAGACAGCAUUUUCGGGCAUUCUUAUAUGAUUUUUAGCCAAAAUCAAAGAUAAGACAUAUUAAUAAAGAUAAGACAUAUUAGAACGCACUGUUGAUCAGUGAAAAGUUUCAUCCAAGAUUAUCCCACUUGUUACAUGAAACAAAACCACACAAGAGUUUAUGUCAUUGUGUAAAUACUGUACUUGCGAGAUGACAUGGACGUUUUACUUGGAGCUAUUCAUGUCCUCAGACUCUAAAUUUA